AUGCCAAUCCCCUUCAUCUUCUACGUCAUCGAGAAUGGCCCGCCCGACUGGCUCCGCGAUAACCAGUGGCCCAUCUUCUACACUUCCAUCGCCCUCACCCUGCUCUACACCCUCAAGAAGUGGACAUCAGGUCGAUCCAAUACGGCCGAGAGGCCACUUCACGGCAAGGUAGUCCUCUUCACCGGCGGCACCUCUGGCGUCGGCGCCCGAGCCGUCGAAGAGCUCGCCACCCGUGGUGCCCAGAUCGUCCUUCUCACCCACGCACCGCCCUCCGAUCCGUUCCUCGUCGAGUACGUGCAAGACCUGCGGGAGAAGACGCAAAAUCAAUUGAUAUACGCCGAGCAGGUCGAUCUAUCGAGCCUGCACAGCGUUCGAAAGUUCGCCACCCGAUGGAUCGACAAUGCGCCCCCGCGAAGGCUCGACAUGAUCGUCCUCUGCGCCGCCACCCUCACGCCCCCGGGCGGUGGGAGAACUGAGACGGGCGAGGGGAUAGAGGAGACGUGGAUGGUGAACUUUCUCGCCAAUUUCCACCUGCUUGGCAUCCUAAGUCCCGCCAUCAAGGCCCAGCCCUUUGACCGUGAUGUCCGCAUCAUCAUGGCCACCUGCUCCUCCUACAUCGGCUCGCCCUCGCUCAAGGAAGCCGUGCACGGGAGCAACUGGUCGCCAGCCGCGGCCUACGCGCGCAGCAAGCUCGCCCUCAACGUCUUUGGACAAGCAUUCCAGAAGCACCUCGACUCCUACAAGCGCCCCGACGAGCUCCCGAUGAAUGCCCGCGUCAUCUUUGUCGACCCCGGCCUCAGCCGAACCCCCGGCACGCGCCGUUGGCUCACCCGCGGCUCGCUCUACGGCCUUGCGCUGUACCUCCUCGGCUAUGCCGUCCCGUGGUUUCUGCUCAAGUCGCCCCACCAAGCCGCCCAGUCCAUACUGCACGCUGCCAUGGAGCUCGACCUCGGCCGGGGUCCUGGCGGGAAGCUCAUCAAAGAAUGCACCGAAGUCGACUUUGCUCGUGCCGAGGUCAAGGAUGACGAAGUGGCCAAGAGACUCUGGGAGGAGAGCGACGCGCUCAUCGAGAAGGUCGAAAAGGCAGAGGCGAAGAAAAGGGCAGCUCAGAAAAGCAAUGAUUCUGCAGACGGGAAGCGACAGGAGAAACGAAAUGCCGAUUCCGAUGAAACCGGCCGAGUCAAUGACAACAACAAGGGUGCCGAGAAGGAGAAGCAGGGCAGAAGAGGCGGCAAGUCAAAGGGCAAGAACAAAACCACUUCCUCAUGA